AUCCGAUUGCGACAACCUGGAAGCAACGGCUUUUCGCAAACUAGGCGGCGUUAUGUUUGAGGACUGAGGACUACCGGAAGGUAACGAGCAGCGUUGUAUCGCCUUAGAAGCCAGGAACGGGUGGCUAGAGCGCCAUGAAGCCGCCUUCCAGGCAGCGUUCAGCCCCUGCUCGCUACAGGACGGCCCCCACGAGCCAGGCUUGGACGGACCCAGAAAAGCGACGCCUUCUUCGGGCCUUGAGAGCUCACGGCCAGGGUCCGCUGCGGCCCGAGCUGUUGAAGAAGUACCUGCCUUCGAGGGAUGAAGAAGAGAUCAUGGCAUUUGUGGAGCACCUGAAAGAGCGUGUGGCAAAGGAAGCAGUCAAGGAACAAUAUCAGUAUCGCCAGCGUAAACAGAAGGAUGCUCCUAUUCCAGCACCUAUUGAGAUAUGGACAGAGUUAGCUGAGAAAUUGACAGGUCCCCUUGAGGAUGCUGUGGCAACUGCUUUUUCCCAGGUUUGGACAAUUGCAUCUACUGAGCCACUCACCUUGCUCCAUUCUGUGCCUCCAAAGUCAGUGGUGAUAAAGGAUUCUCAAUGUUCAUCCCAAAAUCUUCAUAGUGAGAGUAGGAAAUCCGAUGAAGAAUCUCAUGAACCAACUGUAUCAUCAAAUGUAGAGGAAAUAGCCCCUGCAGAAAACAGUGGGUUCCAUGUGGACUUUGAAAAGAUCUACAAGUACCUUUCUGUGAUCUCACGUGGCUGUAAGGCACCUGAACUCCCACCAUGUGAGUCAGCUGUGGUCCUAGAUUUGCUAUUGUCACUGCCAGAAGAGCUGGGCUUUCUGGACUUUAAGAAGCUGAAGAGUCACAUGCACAAAUGUUACACAGAGUUGAACACCCACUACACAGGUGAAAGAAGCAGAAUAAAAGAGGGCAACCAGCCUGUAAACAAUAAUGGGGAGCUAUUUCCGCAUGUGCAGCCAGCUACUAGUGGCUUACCACAACAGGAGGAGAGUAGUAGUUCACCUACAACUUCCAAAGAUGAUGCAACUUCUGCCUCUGCCAUGGACUGGAAGACUCUGGGUAUCUGCCCUUUGAAUCCAUUCUUGUUUCCUUUAGCUAUCCUUGCACGUAAAGAAGAAAGCUUUGACUGAGGGAACUGGAUUCUGUGCUGCCCAGUAAUGAACUAUGUCCUCUCAUAACAUGUGUGGGAAGACUAAACAAGCUUGCUGAGCUUUCCUUAGCCAUGAUCCCCCUCAUCGUAGCAUGGGGGUUAAGCAGCCUGACCUGCUCUUUUACACCUUGGCUCAUGAGUAUGAUACUUGUUUUGUAUUACACUGAAGUCUGGUCUUACUACUCCAUGACAGCUGCUAGAUCUUAUUUGGCCAGUUGCUAUGUAGCAGCUCAGAGAUGGCCUUGAGUGUUAAUCUUGACCUUGGUCUACAGAUCAUUGUGGUUAGUAAAAUAAGUGAUGAUGAAUAUCAUUCCUGAGUCACAGAAUAGUCAAAUUAUUUUGUAAUAACCGUGGUUUUUUUAAAAAAAAUGGACUACAAAAAUAUCAGUUGCAAAGCUGUAAUAAUCUCAUAUUACUUGCCAAGUGCCUUUUGCCUUCUACCUGUAACAUACUCACCAGGGCUUACCUUCAAUACGGUUUGAGGAGCUAUAGAAGCCAUGAAGGCUUUAACUGAAAUAAACUAGGCAAAGUUAACUUAUAACAUGCUUAGUAAUGUUACUGUUAAGCAAUGCUUGAUGAUGCAGUAUAUCUUCUUGGAAGAAAUGCCCCCCCAUCUACCACUAACACAAUACUGAACUGUUAUAGUUGUAGGCACUGAAGAAUGCAAAGAUGAAGUUACUAUGUUAUAGCAUAGAAGCAUAAAUGCUACAGCAGCCUGUGUCAAAACAUAAACCCUCCAUGUAGCAUUAGUACUUAUUUUAUUAAGCCGAUAUUAGUAUGGAUAUACUUGGACUCAUAACAGCUCAUAGCAGUAUUUGCCAUAAACUGGUGGGACUGGGGAAAGAAAGCAUACUUUGUAACAUAACAUAACUAGCACCUUAAGUAAUUAUUACUUCAAACAUAGAUUAAAUGCACUUCUCAAAAUCUGAAUUUUAACUGAACCAUGUUAACUUGGGAAGGAGUUCCUAGCUCCUAAAUUGGCAACAUGCAUAUAUAGUUUUAACAAAUUACUACAAUUUAGCAUCUUUGCUUUAUUUAUUUUAUUUGAAGAGGCCUCUGUAGAGAAUGUAAGUAACAGGCAGGUCCUAGAAGACUAGUGUGCCAUCUUUGUAAACUCAGACUCUUGGCAUGUCGUACACGCAUUAUGUGCUGCACUGAGAGCAGCAAUUUCAUUCACUUUUAUGUCCUUUAAAAAUAAAGUGCAUUCUUUAUUA